AUGAUGAAUGGCGUGGGCCCACCGUUGAGGGGGGGCCACGAUAUGGAUGGAGAAGUGGUGGCAGCGACCCAGAGAGCCGCUACUACGACCUCUCCUCCGAUGAUGGAAGGAGCUCAGGAAGCUGCGGCCGGGAUCCCAGCCGCGGCCCCUGAUCUGGGUCUUGGAGGGCCAGUGAGAGGGGCUCAAUCACAGUCCUUGCCCACUCGCCUGCCAUCUACACUUGAAGGCUCGGGAAGGCCUCAGACUGCAGUGGCAGCGGGACAACAGACCGGGCAACAGACCGGUAUGCUGACUGGGAUGCUGAGAGCAGUUCAGACCUUGCCAGCUACUGUGGAAGGCAUGAUGACCCGAUCAACCGCUGGACGCUUCAGUCCAGGCCAACACGAUAGCGUGGAGUAUGCUUCGGUGCGAUCUAUGGUAGAGGAAGUACCACCGGCACCGCCUUUGGAGCCGGAACUUCAGUUACCGCUGUUCGAUGUGCCGACCUUGAUGAGAAUGCAGCAGAUGCAAGAAACUGCUCCUCUGUUGUAUGCGGGAUCUUCCCGGGACUCCGCUGGACUCCGGGUGGCUGACGGGAUGGAUCCAACUCUGUCCAUGGGGCAGGAAGCUCCGAGGCCACCUUCGACGGCAUCCAGUGAGCUUCAAGCGGCGUUGUCAAUGGAAAACCACGGCCUUCGAAUGAGGGCCGAGUACGACGCUCAGGCCUAUCCGCCUCCUCCACCGCCUCCUCUGAUAGACCUCUUGAUGAAUGGGGCGCCGAGUGAAGCUCCUGUACCAAUCCCUCCGCCACCAAGGAAACCCUGUGCAGCCUUCCCCGACGGAGUAACCACACCUACGCUUGAAGGAGCCGGGACUGGCGCCGUCCCUGCGACGGCCGAGGCUCCGCUGUCUGUAGGCAACCAAGACCUAGUUUUGUGGACCAAAACAGUUGAGGAGGCUCAGGAGUGGUACACGAAGUACUUGAAAAUGGAUCCGCUCUCCCGUCUAACAGCCAAACCUCGUCCAUCUGAGGAGCUUGCACAGCCCAAGUGGUCGAGGGUUGCGAGACGCAUUGAAACCAUGAUAAUCACUGCGUCGCCUCAGGCAAUCAAGGACGAGUUGAGCGCGUCGAGAACAUCAGGACUUCUUCCCCUGCUCUGUCGUUUGUUUGUGAUCUACGGGCCGGGCAGCUUGACAGAGCGCGAACUAGGGUUGAAGCAUAUUACCGACCCCCCUGUGGGGAGUACCGUGCAGGAAGCUGUGGAUCUGCUUAGAAAGUGGGGUCGCUGGUGCCGUCGUAUGACGGAGCUCGGGGGCGUGUUGCCCGACAGUUCCCUGCAGGUCCGUGCUCUUUCGAAGAUCUGCCGAAACGUCCUCUCGCAAUAUCCUGAGGUGAAGGUUUGUCAGGCUCCGGUUUUCAGGGGGUAUGAGGAGAGUAAGGAUAACCGGGAUGUUCAGGGAUCGAAGGAGUCCUCGCUGGAAGGGAUACGAGCGCAGAUUCAGGAGAUGCGUCAGAAGGCCGAUGAGUUUGAGGCAAGGAUUUGCAAGGAAGGCAAGUCGGAUUCUGAUAAGGGAGUUGCUCUGUUGGACAGCGGGGCGACGCAUGCGGUAAUUCCAUACCACACCCGCCUUCAAAACCUUGAGAAAGUCCCCGUCACCUUGGCAGGAGACGAGAAGCAGGAGUGGUUGAGAACCCAGGGCGGCACGUUGGUGGUGCCUCCGGUGCAUUGGUCGAGGCGAAAGGGACUCCGAGUGAUCCACCCAACUCUGGGUGUCUUGAACACUCGAAUAUCUGAUAACACGUGUCCUUAUGUGGCCGAGGACCAAGCGCUCAAGUUGAUUUCGGAACUUGAAGAUCAGAGGUUGGAAAGGUUUAAGCAGAGAAUCCAGAACCUUGAGUGUCAUUUGGAGUCGUAUGACGCCCCUCCGGAUCCAACCGGUUCCUUAGGGCGCUUUGCCACCACUGGCACCCGGUUUGACGCCCUUCGGGCUUUCCUCUCUCAGCCUUAUCUUGCUGGCCUUCCUGAGGAGAUAAAGGUUGCUCUGGCGGAGGAGGUCCCAACGAGCCAUCCCGGGUCAGACCGUUCUCUGCUGAAGCUCCUUCCCUUGAAGCGAGCCGCCCGAAGAUCUCUUCUGGAUUCGACCAAGUGGGUUGUUCACCUAUGUAGUGGCCCCGCCCGAGCGCAGGACCCCUUGAAUGCAUGGGCACUGCAAGGAGGGUUCACCUAUCUUCAGGUUGAUCUGAUGCAACCAGGAGGUAAGGGUUGGGACCUUUCCAAACAAGAUGGCGUAUGGAAGGUACUCCUGUGGGCUGCCUCUCAGGGACGUGUUGCUGCGGUGUUCUCCUCUCCACCAUCUGCAAGGGCCGAUGAAGCCCAGUUGUUCACGGUGCAGGCUAUGCUGCUGUGGUCACUGGCUUCUGUAACCAGAGGAUGUGGGGUUCCUUAUGUGGCAGAGCAUCAAGGGAUUCUUGCUGAGGUGAGUUCGAGGUUCAUGAAGUGGUCGGGAACCAAAUGUGUUACGUUGAGUCAAGGGUCGCUUGGAGGUGAGUACUUGAGACCAACUUCCUUGAUCACCAAUUUGGAUAUCGGUUAUUUGAGUACCCUAGAUCCGAAGGGCAAUCCUGCGACACCGCCAAGGGGACGGGAGUGGACCUAUGGUCUUCGGGUAGAACUUGCAAAGGCUCUUGUAGGAAACCCUUCAGGACCGUCUUGCGAAGAGUUGGACCGUGUAAUCGCUGAGCGCGGAGGGCUGAUCCCUCCUAGCAUUGACCCACGCACGGUUCCACCUGAGGACCUCCCAGGUCCGGUGCCCUCGACUGCGCAGGAACCUCCUCGCGUUCCGGAUGAGGAGCUGGAGGCUAUGCUCAGAGCAUUUGAAGCUGAAAGUGUCAUAAAUUCUGAUGAUGAAGAAGCCCCGGAUCUCCGGGAAGCAGAGCUUGAUCCACCACUCGUCCAUUCAGGUGAAGUGAAUGAGGGUGACCCGGACUCACCUGAACCCCCUCAUGAAGCCUCGGAUUCCGUGCCAAGUAUGCCCAAGCUCACCAGCGCUGAAACCGAGGGUUGGAAAAGGCAUCUCCGUAACGGACACCUACCCUAUCGUAGGGACUGUCGUCAAUGUGUGGAGGGUUCAGGCUUGGGCCCCUUUCACAGGCGUAUAAAGUUUCCGAGAAGCUUCGCUCUCUCAGUCGACUUGUUUGGCCCGGUUCCUUUGAAGGAGGUAGGUAGAGAUGAGGGCUGUGUGACUGGGAAGCCGGUGCUGCGAUACGGGCUUGUGGGUGCGUUUAGAGUCCCGUCAUGCCUUGUGAAUGCGCCUUCAGGAAAGAAUGGUGUCUCUGACCUCUUCAGCAAACCCCCUAUCCCUCCACAAGACAGCGAACUAGCAGAUUACGAGCCGUCUGAGGAGGAGCCAGAGUUAUUUCCGGAGCUCUUCGGUUCCCAGCGAGAACCCCCGAACCACUCACCGGUUCCCGUGGAUUCUCCUGAGGUGAAGCAUUCUGAGGCCGUGCCCAGUGGGCAUGAACCAUCUCUCCUUGAUGAGGAGGAUCUCCCGAGUGAUCCCCAAGCGCUAACCAAGUUGAUCAGUGAGCUGAGGGAACCUACCGACCAGGUGGUUCUCCGAUACUUCAUUCCACUCAAGACGAAGACAGGGGUUGAAGUUUCGGAAGCGCUACAGAAAAUGAUCUUAGAGAUAAACCAAAGGUUUCCAAUUCGAAGUCUACAUCAUGAUCCGGGCACUGAGUUCGGAUCAGCAGCCCUAAGCCGCUGGCUAGCCCAACAUGCUAUCCGAGUACAGCAUUCGCUACCGACUGAUAAGAAGGGCAAUGGACUCUCAGAGCGUACCGUAGGUUGGGUCAAGUCGCGCAUUCGUACGCUGCUCAAUGCUGCUGCCCUUCCUGUGGGUUGGUGGCCACUAGCGGCCAGAUGGGCUGUGGCUAAGCAUAAUUUGAUGAUUUUGGGUGAGCCGGAGCUGCCAGCGUUUGGACAGCGCGUAUUGCACCGCAUUAAACGUCCGGCGGAUGGGGCCAAGCAAUUGAUGGAUCGGUGGGUGGAAGCCCGUUAUGGUGCACCACACCGCUCAAUACCAACAGGCCAUGUCUUGAUUACUGAUGCAGGCAACCUUGUGGCCUCUCGCGGGUUUAAGUCCGAGGUUAUAGACCCGACCCAGCUUAAGGAUCUUGAACUACCCAUCCUUCAGGAAGAGGACUCUGCUGAGCCCCCCUUGAGUGAGGCUGUGGAUGAGGCUGGAAGACCCCUGAGAAGGUUGAGGGAAAAGACUUCGGUAAGGUUUCUUGAAUGUCUGGACUUCCCUACAUCUGAGGAGCUUGCACAUGGGUUUUUAAUCCACCAGGACUGUAGCCUGGAUGCUGUCCGCCGUGUGCUUAAUGCCAUUGCUCAGGAGGAGGACAGUACCGGAGACCGAAGAGGCAUAGUUCAGGGAAGACAGAUUUUGGGAGCGUACUGCCAUGGAGGCAUUCGAGGGGUAACCACCCUUACGAGGAGGAAGCCGUGGACAACCCGCUUCUUGAAUCGUGCUCUUUCCCUUCGGCUGUGCCUAAGCUCAAAUGAGGGUAAGCCGACGUGGUCCGCCUUGAUGUUGAUGACAGCCAGUGAUGUGGAUGUUCAUCGUGAUUGGAGGAAUGAAUGGGGAACGAUGAAUUAUGCCAUGCAUGUUCCCGGUGAGGUUCAUUUGUGGGUUGAACCAACGACCACCGAGGGUGCUAAGGGAGCCGUUCUCCCAACCCCGACUUGGGCCCCAGGUGAGACCCGAGUGCUCACUGAGAUUCCAGUAAGCUUUAACCCUCGCAAGCACCAUGCUGUACGCAUGAGCCCGACAUGGUUGUUGGUAGGGUACACCCCCUUAGGAACGAGUAAGCUUGAUCAAGGGGAGUUGGUUUAUUUGGAUUCCUGUGAGUUCCCGUUGGAGUUGUUGAGCACGGAGCCUGGAGCGAAAGUGGUUAGGAUUAGUGAUUCCGAAGAACCGCCUGCCGGGUCUGAGGAGGAGCAAGAGGUGAGUGAGAUCCAGGUGCAGUCUUCGGUGGCCUAUCAGGUGAAGGUAGUGUCCACGAGUUCUGAGGAUACUUCAGAAUCCAGCAUAAGUUCAGCUGAGCUGUCGAGGCAAAUUGCUGAAGCCGAGAGUUGCAUGUUGUCGUCCGACCUACAGCAGGACACUAACUCAACUAUGAUUGGUUGGGAUUUUAGUGCUGGCAAUCCUGGGGAUGUUCCUCAUGAGUAUCUGGAGGGCCUAGAGCUUGACGCUUACCUCCGCGCUCGGGACGCAAGUCAGGCUUAUCGCCAACUGAAGGCACUGGGAAUUGAAGAGCCGAAUGAUCUUCAGUUUCUGUUUGUUGAAGAUUUGGUUGAGCAUGGGAUCCCAGAGUGGCUUUCCAACCGAAUCAUGAUAGACAUACAUCCUCCGGGCACUCGUAGGCCGGACAACCCGCAGAACUCUAGCCUUACGACGGGGGAGGUUCGAGUGUUUGAUAAGGCACAGCGGCAGAUCCCCUGGAUCUUUCAGAAUAGGACCUUAGGUGUUAGGUGCCCUGGACCGCCGUUGCCCAACCUGGGGAUAAGACAACCUGAUGCCUUGCAAAGGGGACGAGGAAAUUCUCAUGUAGCUGAGUCAAGCAGAAGGUGGGACGUUCCUUCGGAAGUGUCGAGUGAAGACCCAACGGAUUCAACCCCAUCACAGCCACGCUCAGGGAACCUGAGUUUCCCAGACCCUGUGCCCGAGGGUACUACUGCUUGUACAGGGGGUAGUUGCUAUAACCACGUUAUGUAUAUGCAAGAGAUGUGGGGUGAUGAUGAGUGGGUACCAAGUGCUGGAGCAGCUUCCUCCAGCUCCCAGGUGCCUACAGGUUCGCACGUUGAUCAGAAGCCAGAGGAGCGCACUCUUAGUGAGGUGGUUUGCCCAGCUGAGCAUGCACCGUCGGAAGAGUCUAGUGAAGACCCGACGGAUUCAACCCCAUCACAGUCCUUGGAUGUAUAUAGGUGUAUGACGGUUCAUCUUGCUGGUCCUUUGAGCGAUGUAGAUAGCUCCGUUGAGCAGUCAGGUGAGGCUCCUGAGUCAGAGCACCGUGUUACCACGAGUCCCCCAGUGACCAUUGACGUACCAACCACGGAUCCUUUGUUGAGUCUAGGUAGAAGGGGUCGCACCGUGCAGCCUGAACCAUCUGUUCGACGAGUUGAUGAAGGAGGGUUUACCUUGAACGUUGAAGACCUGCUAUCCAGUUUGAAGGGCCCGUUGGAGGUGACACACAACGUAUCGCCAGCUGAAGUCCGUCUGAAUCUGGCAAAGUGGCGCCCCGCUGCGAAAGCCGAGCUGGAUACCUUCGAAAAGAUGAGUGUGAUACGAAGGUUUUACGGUGAUGAAGCCCGUGCCAUUCUCCGAGAUCCGAAAUAUGAAGUUAUUCCUGGGAAACCUGUAUGUACGGUGAAACCUGGUGAGCCUUACAAAAGAAAGUUCAGAAUCGUGUCAUGUGGGAAUUUCGCGAAGACCACAGCUGAGUCUCAGCUCUAUGCUGGUGGAGCCGGCGCGGAGUCUCUGAGGGCAUUGCUGGUACACUCGGCCCGACGCGGCCGUCGUGCAUUUGGUCUUGACGUGAAGUCAGCGUUUCUCCUGGCUUCGAUUCCAGAGGGAGUAACGAAGCGUUAUGCGAUGCGCCCGCCACGUCUCUUGAUCGAGCUUGAGCUGGCGCGGGAGGACGAGGUUUGGAUCAUAGACCGGGCGCUCUAUGGAUUUAGAGAAAGCCCGCGCUGGUGGUCACUGUUCAGAGACGAUUUCCUGGCUAAGGCAAAGUGGAGUACCGAGCUGGGUGAAGUCACGCUUGAGCAGUUCUCGUCUGAAGGUAAUGUUUGGCGCAUGAGGCACGAGAGCGGCUACUGUAUUGGACACUUGUUGGUAUAUGUGGACGAUAUGCUACUGUUGACAGAACCAGAAGUGGCGCAAUCUUUCAUUGGCUGGCUAAGGCAAUCCUGGGAGUGCACAGGUCUGAAAGAGGCGACCUCAUCAGAUCCACUGCGUUUCCUUGGGGUGGACAUUUAUGCAGAGCUGAAUGACACCGGCGACCUUAUUGGAUACAGCCUAGCACAGGAGUCCUACAUAGCAGAGCUGUUGCGAAAUCAUGAAGUGAAGCCCAGCUCAAGGGCUACAGCGCCAGUUCCUAAGGAGUGGGUGCGUGAAGUUCCACCUGAGGAACAGUUCUCAGAAGGUGAGUUGCGAGCAUCGCAGCGCAUCACUGGUGAGCUGCUUUGGGUGGCUCAGAGGUCUCGAGUGGAUAUCAGUUACUGUGUGGGUCUCAUGGCCAGCUGGGUAGCCCGGUUUCCAAGGCAGGUCUUGAAGAUAGGGACCAGGGUUCUUGAGUACCUAGCGAAUACCAGGUCUAACAGGCUGAUGUUAAUCCCCGGCAAGGCCGACGGACUCCGAAUCUUUACAGACGCGUCAUUCGCACCGCACGGAAGCCACUCAAUUACCGGCAUAGCUCUUAUGUAUGACGAGUGCUGUGUAGUUUGGAAAUCAAAGCGCCAGAGCAUCGUAACUCUAAGCACCGCUGAAUCGGAGUUGGUCUCGGGUUGUGAAGGCGUAGUCUUAGGACAGUCGCUUGAAGCUUUGAUUGUUGAGCUUGAGGAAGGCCCGUGUUGCAAGCAUUUGAUGAUUGAUAACACCGCCGCGGUGACGCUGGCGGGUGGUGAGGGAAGCCAGCGAACUCGACAUUUGCGAGUACGUUCGGCUUUCAUUCGGGAUAUGAUAGACCGCAAUGAGAUUGACGUCUCCCACUGUCCGGGGGACGUUCAAUUAGCCGACUGCCUCACUAAGGCCCUAAUGAAGUCCCGGCUUGAUGACCUUUGCAAGCUUUUGGGUUUAGGCCCCCCUAGGAUCCCUCCAGAAGCCAGUGUAGCUGCUGUGAGUCUCCCACCGCCUCUUCAUCAGGUGAAGACUCGGGAGGACAAGCCGAGCCAACAGCCCACAGCUUGUUUUGGUUCGCAGGGUUCGACAGAUAGGGACAGAUUAGGCUUAUGGUUGUUUGCCUUAAUGCUGUUGCUUCAAAUAGAGCAAACCCAGUCUGUGCAGGAAGAUGAUUCUGAAGGGGAACCUUUGGGAUUGGAAUUACCCCUGUUGGUGUUGCUGAUGAUCCUUUCGGUUCUAUUUGUGUGGGAGUCUGCGAGAUAUGGACUAAGGGUUUGUUGCAGCCGCCAAGAUGAUGAACCUGAAGUGAGGAUGUUGAGUGCCGAUGACAGUUCGGUUCCUAGAGCUCGUAGGGGUUCUAGAGAAGAGGUGGUUCGCAGGGCAAUUGCACGGGAGUUGCAGGGAGAAGGCCUCAGGCAUAGGUCAGCUCAGGGCUCAGAAGCAGAGGCUUACCAGACGUUGCAAGUGGGUUCUUCUUAUCUACGAGUGCAGGUUGAAGCGCAGCCCAGUGCCGUUAUAACAGGCCCCUCUCCUCCACCACCUCCUUUGCCGCCCAGCGGCUCGGUGCCUAUUCCAGCACCCCCAACUGAUGGACUUCAGACCGCCCAAUCAGCCAAUGACCUGGCGUUCCUCCCGGGACCGCCAACCGAUGGAUUUCGUCCUUCGCCUCCGGGAAACCCGGUAUCCACUCCGGUAACCCAACCCGAUGGACUUCGUGAGUUUUGUGGACUUCCUGUCUCUACCGAGGCAGCCUCCUCGUGGCAGCCGAGGCCCCGUUCCUUUCUCCCGAGUAGUGGUUCUGAACGAACGGAGCAGGUUAAGAAGGAUGCAUCAACACAAACUACAUUUGAUCGUGGAUUUAACUUUGAAGAGCUGUGCGAGCUUCAUAUGAUCACGACUUCUAGCAGAACACCUGGAGCUUUGCACCUCUUUCGUUCCUGCCAGGCCUUGCGAAACUCUACUGGAGUUCAAGACAGAAUGCUGUGUCGUUACUGUUUGCAGGCUCUGCGGGACGGAAGAACAUAG